AUGGCUAAUCUUGCGAACUACCUCUUUGGCAACGUUGACGAAGAAGGCCAUCUCGACAAUGUUGGAUUGGAUGAGGAACUGCGAGAAUCCUUGCAGAAAGUGGCUGAAGAGGCAGAGACAAAGUUGUUCAGUAGGAUAUUUUUAGCAGAAUCACUGGGUUUAGUUGAGAAAGACGAGGAAGAGUCUGAGAGAGUUGAAACACCAAGAACGCCCGUUGAAUCAAUCGUAAAACCGGCCGAAGAUGCCAUAGACUAUUCGGACUUCGAUACGUUAUUUCCAGCAUUUCGUAGCGAUGAAGUGCUGAACUUUACGGAAUUAUUUGCUACGAAGAUUACUAGAAAGAAAUUGCAACAGAAAAAUAAAAAUGCUCUUAAUAUAAUUGUAACACAGCCUGUACUCGACAUUGACGAUCGCGUAAUCUUCCAAAAUGACGUGCCUCGGAUACGAAAGGAAGUUUCUACCCUUACCGAAAUAUCCAAUACAACAGAUAAUACUAUUGUUCCAUCAACAUAUGAUAUUUCAAAUAAAGCGAAUUCGCUACCCUUAAAGGACGAAAAUAGAAAGCCGGAAAAGGAAAUAGUUUGGAAAAUACCCGAGAAGUCUAAAACUUAUCUACCGAAAUCUCUGUCAGCCUCUGAUUUAACCUAUCGCCAGUUAGAAGAGGACGACUGGUUAAACUCUGUAUUAUGUGAUGAACCAAAAACAGAGUGUCCAUUCACAAAGCUUAUUUAUGACUUAAAUGACCCGAAUAUGCUGUUUGAGGUUUCGGCUGGUGAAGAUUUACCCAAACCUUCAAUUUCAGACCAAAUGGCGAGGACGGAGACAGACAAGACUUAUAACAAAGGCAAGUCUAUAUCAGACUCUGCAGAUAUGUCGUUACAUCCAUCGCUUGCUAGUGAUAUUGAAAUAUUAACACGAGAUGAAGAAUCGGAUCCUUUCAAUAUUUCAAAUGAUCAAUUGUAUGAUACGAGUACAGAGAUGAGACAACAAAGAGUCAGACAAACUAUUGGGCAAUUAGUAGUUCAGCACUCGUUACCGGCUUUGAAAUUAAAAUCUCCUUUUUUCAAGACAAAGCUGUCAAAAUCGGAACUUCGCGCCUUCCAUCGUCGGGCGAUACAAUUCCAAGUUGAUAGGUUAAUUACGUUUGCUCGGACCAAGCCCAAAUCAAAGAAACAAAAAGAAAAGAGCACUAUAGAUAUCCGUAGUUCACGUGACCUGACACUAAGAGACACUGGUACCUUCGUAUUGCUUGAAUAUUCUGAGGAAUAUCCGCCAAUUAUUUCUAACGUGGGAAUGGGCAGUCUCUUGCUCAAUUACUACAGGAAAAUUGAUGAAAAUGAUUCUACUGUGCCGAAACUCGACAUUGGCGAUGCUGUCGUUCUCGAUGUAUCCGACGCAUCCCCAUUUAUGAACUUCGGGGACGUUGAACCAGGUCAAAUAAUUACUGCUUUGUACAACAAUCUUGUAAGAGCGCCAGUAUUCAAGCACAAUCAAAAAGACACGGAUUUUCUCGUCAUAAGGAAUACAUACAAGGGAAAAUCCAAGUAUUAUGUUCGCGAAAUAAAGAAUUUAUUUGUCGUUGGCCAGACAUAUCCUAUGCAAGAAGUACCUGGGCCACAUUCCAGAAAAAUAACGAACACCGUUAAAAAUCGACUACAAGUGUCCGCAUUCAGACUCAUAAAGAGCAGCAUUGACCAGACUUUUAAGUUACGACAGCUCUCUAAACUGUUUCCUGAAUAUACCGAAAUUCAGAUACGCCAGCGUGUAAAGGAAUUCGCCGAACUUGAACGUAGAGACGAUAAUGGUGGUGUCUGGCGACUAAAGCGUAGUCUUCGUCUUCCUACUGAGGAAGAGUUACGCAAAAUGUUAUCACCAGAGAUGAUAUGUUUGUAUGAGAGCAUGUUGGUUGGCCAGCGACAUCUACUCGAUUCUGGAUAUGUAAAAACAGCUACAGGCGAAGAAGAAGGCAAUGAUGAAUCUAAGUUAUCUAUCGAGGAACAGUUGGCUCCUUGGAUUACAACACGAAACUUCAUCAAUGCUACUCAGGGAAAAGCAAUGCUUAAACUUCAUGGUGAGGGAGAUCCUACAGGGUCAGACGAAGGAUUUAGUUUUAUAAGAGUGUCAAUGAAAGAUAUCUUCUUGAAAGCGGGAGAAUCUGUUGAAGAGAAAUUAGCUGAAAUUGAGAAGUUACCAAAAAACGCUCACAAAUAUAGUGUGGCAGAGCAGCAGCAAAAAUACAGAGAGGAGAUUGAUCGAAUAUGGAAUGCUCAAUAUGCAUCUUUAAGCAAUACGAACGAGAUUCCUUCAGAUUCUGAGCAGAAGUAUUCCCGAUACAGAAGCAAACGACAACGAUCUUUCGAAACGGACUCCAAUCAAUUAAACGAUACUGAAUUACGUGAGCGUGACUAUUACCGGGAAUCCCGCUCUCCAUCAGUAGCUUCAAUUGGCGAUUUUAAUGACUCGAUAUCAGUAGAUGGAAGUAUGGGAUCUCGUGCUAGCUAUGCAUAUGGAUCGCAUCGCAACAGAAAAUUAAUAAUAAAGCGCUUGAUGAAAUCAAGCGAUGGUGAAGAAUUAUGGCAUGUGGAAGAAGUUACAGAUCCUGCAGUAAUAAACGCUUAUAUUAGACAUCGACAGAUGAUAGAAGAACAGGCAACAAGUGCGGAAUUUCUCGAGCCAACGGACGACGAAGAAAAGAAUAAACGUCUAAGAAAGAGAAUACAAGAUCAAUUAGCAAAACUUAAAAGGAAUCUAGAGCGUCGCAUGCAACGGGCAGCUGCACGUCAAACAGUUUCUGGAGAAGCAAGCGCUGUGCCGCAAAAGGAAAAGAAGACCGAACAAGUUGUAAGAACUAUCUCUUCAUAUACAACAGUAUCCAAAGUUUUGGCAACAGCAUGA